CUCGCAAUACACAAAAUGACAGACAAUUGUCCAGGACCAGCCCGAGCCAUCAGGCCCAUUGACCGACAUUCUGUUCAUCAGAUCUGCUCUGGACAGGUUGUGUUGAGUCUGGCUACAGCGGUAAAGGAGCUGGUGGAGAACAGCAUAGAUGCAGGAGCUACUAAUGUUGAAAUCAGAUUGAAGGAGUGUGGAGCAGACCUGGUGGAAGUUUCAGAUAAUGGAAGGGGGGUGGAUGAAGCCAACUUUGAAGGGCUGACCCUGAAGCACCACACUUCCAAACUGAGUGACUUCUCUGAUCUGAUUCACGUGGAAACGUUUGGUUUCAGGGGUGAAGCCCUCAGCUCACUGUGUGCCCUCAGUGACCUGAGUGUAAUAACGUGCCAUGAGUCUGCUCAGGUCGGCACGCGGCUGGUGUUCAACCAUGACGGCAAGCUGACGCAGCGCAGUCCACACCCCCGCCAGCAGGGCACCACUGUCACUCUGCAGCAGCUCUUCUACACCCUGCCUGUACGCCACAAAGAGUUUCAGCGUAACAUCAAGAAGGAAUACACCAAGAUGAUGCACGUGCUCCAGUCAUACUGCAUCAUCUCCACUGGGGUGCGCAUUACCUGCACCAAUCAGGUGGGCCAGGGUAAGCGCAGUGUCGUGCUCUGCACCAGUGGGAGCCACAGCAUGAAGGACAACAUUGGGGCGGUGUUUGGACCCAAGCAGCUCCAGAGUUUGAUGCCCUUUCAGCAGCUGUCUCCCACAGAGAACAUCAGAGAGGACUAUGGUCUAAAAGGAGUGGAUCUGCCUGAGGAUUUUUUCAAGAUUUCAGGGUUCAUAUCUCAAGGAGAUCACGGUGUUGGCAGAAGUGCCACAGACAGACAGUUCUUCUUCAUUAACAACAGGCCCUGCGAUCCAUCAAAGGUGUCCAAACUUGUGAAUGAAGUCUAUCACAUGUUUAACAGACAUCAGUAUCCAUUUGUUGCCUUGAACAUAACUGUUGCUUCAGAUUGCGUAGAUGUUAAUGUCACACCAGAUAAGCGUCAGGUCUUCCUUCAAGAAGAGAAGCUCCUAUUAGCCAUUCUAAAGAGCUCACUCAUCGCCAUGUACGAGAGCGGUGUGAACAAGAUAAGCCUCACCCACACAGCUCUGCCCAUGCCUCAUGUGUCGAAAUCAGAAGAACAGUCUUCUUCUAUAGAAGACCCUGAAAAGCUGCCUGUUUCUGGUGUUGGUCUAGAAGCCAGAGACAUUCCAGAGCCUUCUUUUCAGUGCCCAAAGUUGUCACUGAACUUAGCUGGGCUGAGGGCUGCAUUCUCACUGCACCAGACACCAGAUAUGGGAACCAAGGCAAACAGCAGCAAAGUCAGUCACCAUGGUCCAGCUCAGAAGGCACUGAAGUCCUUUUUCAGCAGGGUUGAAAGCAGCUGCACCAGCACCAGCACCACUACCACCACCACCGCCAGUAGACCAACUGUGCAGUCCCUUUUCAAACAUUCACAAGACACGCUGAAACACUCACCUGCAAAGGGGCCGGUGUUAGAGGAGAGUAUGGAUGAGAGAAAAGUAGACAGCGACAUAGACUCAGGCAGAGGAAGCAUUGUAUCAGAGCUUUCUUCAGUCACAGGGACCCCAGAGAGCAUGUGUGGAACUGCAUCAGAGUUCAGCUCCCCAGAUACAAUGGAGGUUGAACCCAGCAUCAAAAGUGAGGGCACAGAUGAACAAUGGGAGCAAACUGAUAAAGCCAGUGAACCUUCUAGUUGGAAAAGAACCGAGCCUUUCCAUGCUGAUGACGAAAGCAGCUCGAGUCCUGGGCCCAAGAGGGCAAGGCUAGAUGAGCAGCUCACCACAGUCCCUUUUACCCAGGGCUCAGGUGUCCAGGCCCCUUCCACCGGAGUGAAAGUGGACACCUUUGUCCAUACGAAGAAAAGGACCGUUCCAUUGAGAUUCUCCCUGUCUGAGCUUGCAGGGAGGUUACAGAAGCUGAAGGAGCAAGAGCAUGAGAGGACAAGCGACACGAUGACGUUCAGGCGAUUCAGGGCUAAGAUCAGCCCUGGUGAGAACCAGAGUGCUGAGGAUGAACUGAAGAAAGAGAUCAGCAAGGACAUGUUUAAGGAGAUGGAGAUCAUUGGACAAUUCAACCUGGGCUUCAUCAUCACCAAGCUGAAAUCUGACCUCUUCAUGAUUGACCAGCAUGCCACAGAUGAGAAGUACAACUUUGAGAGACUGCAACAGGACACUGUCCUGCAAGGACAGAGACUCAUAGCUCCACAGAAGCUGCAUCUCCCUGCGGUCAGUGAGACUGUUCUGAUUGAAAACCAGGAAAUCUUCAGAAAAAACGGCUUUGAUUUCCUCAUUGAUGAGGAUGCCCAAGCCAUGGAGAAGGUGAAGCUGAUAUCCUUGCCCACCAGCAAGAACUGGACGUUUGGGCCAAGUGACAUUGAAGAGCUUAUCUUCAUGUUGACUGACAGUCCAGGGGUCAUGUGCAGGCCCUCCCGUGUUAGGCAGAUGUUUGCCUCCAGAGCAUGUCGUAAAUCGGUGAUGAUAGGUACUGCUCUGAACACCAGUGAGAUGAGGAAGCUGGUGGUUCAUAUGGGGGAGAUUGAGCAACCAUGGAACUGUCCACACGGCAGACCCACCAUGAGGCACCUGGCCAACCUGGACAUGCUUUCACAAGAUUGAAGCUCACACGGGGCCUCAUUGAAGCUUCAGUGGCUAGACUAGACUAUUCUCAGUUCAGAUUGAAUGCUUACAAACAGAUAUUUCCUGUAGCAUGACAUUUUACUGAUCAUGUAACUGCACCAGUUUGCUAUGUAAGACAAAAUUCUGUCACUAAAUAGAAAUGGGCUUAAUUUUCUGGCCUUUUGGAACAAUGGCAUG